CCAAGUGACCUGAGAGUACACACGAUGCUGGGGAGGAGCCCAUACAGAACUAGGCAAUGCUUUAAGUUCGAUCGUCACACCUCGAACAACAAAGGCUUUUGAGAAACCCUCUCAGUCUCACUCAUCAUUUACCUACAUCGUUCGUUAUCUUGUUUGUCAUUCUCUAAGAUCGUUCAACUCUGUGCCGCGGUGCAAAUCAAUAUCUUGUAAAAGACAUCACAUAAAUUAAUUAUUCAGGCAACCAUUAGGAUGCCUACAUUAACUGUGAAUAACACGUCGUUAAACUUGAAAUAAACUUGCAGUCAGGGUAAUCUGGCCAAUGAGUGACCUUACUCCGUCAGAUCUCAUCCCUCAUCAUUCCCGUCUUCUAUCGAUAAUGCUACACAUAAUCAACAAGUUGUUACAUAGUGACAUUCCUGUGUCACAUCUCAGCGGCAUUAAACAAGGUUAGCUAUCUUUAACUGUUUACAAUUGUUUCCUAGCCAGUAAAUGUGUUACUGCAAGUAUAAGAAGGCAACUUAAUUGUUUCUGCAUUGUUGUCCCACAGAUAUGCUGCAUUAGCCUAAAACUGUCAAAAUAUAUCACGCACAUGUCUGCUGAGGUAGCUAUGCAACCAAUGUGCUAGCGCAGACAUUUUAUGAAGCUGUAUUAUGAAGUUAUGUUAAUUAAUGUUAGUUAGCUAAAGUUAGCCAGCAAGGCAAACUCAGUUUGUAGUCUAGCAUGUAGAAAUUUCACUGCCAUUCAGUAUUUGCCACAAACACCAACCCAACACACCCUUUUCCAUCAUGGAUUUUGAAAACAACUAGUAAACUAUUUUCUGGCUGAUGCUAACUAGCUAGCCAUCUAGCAGAAUGUAUCCUCACCAUUGCUCCCUGCUAAUCCCUUUUCUAGAUCAUUGCACAAUGCACUAUGCCAUCCACAAAUAGUUGUAUUAAAUGGGGUAUUUUUGUUGAUUAGUUUAUGAGCCGGUUGUUUUUGUGCAUUCUGCGUGUCUUUUUCUUUUUUGCCGUCCAAGGGAAACAUUGCCUGCGUGGUAACUUUACACAGGGCACACACUGGAUUAGACAGUAGUUAUCCACUUGCUGCUACUGCGGAAUGUUUGACCAUCACCAGGUCAGUGAUGUCAUUUUUCUAUUAUUGCAUUUAUUUCCAGGAUGGCAGAAUGAAGCAGACUAAGUUAAAGGCAUUUUAAACAUUACAGGAUAAGACAGGAUGCAGAUAAAACAUACAGGACAGAACAGUCUCAUGAAGUUUCAAGAACAUGAGUAUCUGUGUAUUUUGUAUGUCUUGCGUGUGGUUUUGAAAUAGUGCCUACCCACAGAUUUGGUUCGCACAACACCCCUGCAUUCUUUAUUGGGAAAGACGAUAGGUCUUUCCGUAUGAUAGGCCUUUCCGUAUGAUAGGCCAUCUACGAUGACGGGGAACACGGGUCUUAGACAUAAAUAUAUUCUGAAUUUCACAAACAAACAAAAUGGCAUAUUCGUUACGGGGGGUGCGUAUGAUCCUUAGGCAUCAUUUGUCUGCUUAAGUUGUUUAUGUAUACACUUCAAGUGUACCGAGUUUGAUUUACGUAGGCCUAUGUUGAACGUAGGGAUGGCUUCGAAGAGAUUGUAACAGUCAAUGCACUGCUGCAAAAUGUUAUAUAUAUAAUAUAAUUGGUUUUUGCAAAAAGAAAGCGAAAAGUAAAUAUUUGAUAUAAUCAAACCUGUUUGUGGCAAAAAAUGAGGAAAUAUUUCGAGAUAGUAAUGGGGGUUAUAACAUUUCACCACUAGAUGUCAGCCUCAGACAUUAUAUCGUUUAUUCGUGACUAUUUUCAGCAUUGGCUCUGAUAAAAAAGUACAUAAAUAUGUGCAGACAAAAAUAGGCAAAAAACUAUGAAAUUCUACUUAUUAUACUAUUAUUCACUGGAAUACAUUUACAACAAAGUCCCUAAUAGAAUAAGAAUUGUAUCGUGUGAAACUGUUUUUCGUAUACGUAACUUUACUCAAGAUACUCCUGUACACAUAAAUCUAGCUAAAAAGAAAUCACGUUUACGACCGUUUUUACAACAGUUAUCAGGUAAAGAAUUGGCAAGAUACUCUUCUGGGCAAUUAGUGCUAAUUGGGCGCGAUAGCUGUGCAAUUACAGAACAAAAUAGUUUCCAGUUUGGAUGAUGAAAGCUUUCGAAACGUAUUACAUUGACAAGCAAUUUUUAAUUAGAUAUUCUUUUAAUCUCCAUUACCUCGCAUUUCAUUUUUACACCAUUAAAUUAAUCAUAUGAAGCACAUACAGAUGACAAAGAUCAAUUUUUAAAUAAUUAUGGUGUUUUGUUUUAAUUUUGUGUUAUAAAUAGAAACGUUUGGAUGGACGUCCAAUAAAGCAACAGAAAGUGUUCAAUGAUAUAAUAAAUUCGCGCAAUUUUAUUGAAAAAAUGUUGUAUUAAACCUUUAUGUGGAUACUUUACACCAUAUAGGACUAUGGAAUUAUCCAUAAGAUAAUACGUUUUGAUAGGUAACAUAUGAUAAUAUUAUUAUUAAAGGGGCGGAUCAAAUAUUUAAAUAAACGGAAUUAAAUCAAUAUUGAUCUAAAGACUUCGCCCACGAUGCGUGCAAACUUAUACAACUAACUGAGUGAAACGGGUAAUUAUAACGGGGGGAAGGAAAUAUUCAGUGUACUACAUCCUUCAGAUGAACACAGUAGUUAAUACGUAUGGUUUGUAACAUUUCAAAUUUUAGGACAGUCAUUUAAAAUUAACCAGGACCUCGGCGUGAAGGCGAUCUUAGACUGCCAGCCAUGCACUAUUAAAACUGCGUAGCUCUUUGUCCGUCCCGCUGCACAUAGAAUAUGCUACUGCGUUUCACUUCUAAUUCCAAUGCUGCUGCACAAUUCGCUCUUACUGUCUUUACCUACGAGUUCUCAUCAGUCCUUAUAAAGUCCACUUAAUGUUCCUCUGAAACUAGCUGUCCUGCUUUUUCCUCCACUUUGUCCCACUUGUCCAGCCCACCUCCCUCCACUCAAUGUACAUUUACUCUGCGCUCCCGAAGCGAUCAAUGACUUCCAUUGAUAACAGAGUGAUUCACAUCCUGUUAACUCUGGCAACAAACGCUGAUGCCCAUAGUUGUAAAUUAUGGAGGGAGGGGGGUUGACCCCCUCCCCAAUAAUCAAAACCAGCCAAUGCAACCUCUUGGACCCCCUUAAAUGAUUGGAGACCUCAACCCAAAGUUGUACCCUUGGUAAUGCCAGUGUAUAUGAUGCCCUUGAGAUGUAUAUUGUACAUGGGGUAUCUCACUGUGAGAAAUAUAUACACAGUGGGUCACGUGUAAAGAAGUACGUUAUGAUCUUUAGUAAUGUUAACUGUAUAAAAACAAAGAAGGGUAUGUUUACUUCGCUAUGCGUCCUGUGACGGAAUUAAAUUUCUCUUUGUUUUUCAUCUCAUGCAUCUGAAAUUAGGGGCAACAGCGCAACAAAGUUCAACGCCUUGUUGCACAGAAAGAUGCUCUGGUAAUUUUCAUAAUGAAGGAAAGCGAGAUUUUAAGGUACGGCAGGUUGUGCAACAGCAGUUAAGGUCAACAGCACCUUAACAUUAGCUGAAUUAAUUGCAACCUCAAUCAAUAUUACGAUAUAUCGUUAACAUAUAUGUAACAGUCCGACGGGUUAUUAUGUACUGACUGGGCAACUAAUUGCUUGGAACGAUUUGUUAAAUCCAUUGGUAUAUUAUCCUGAACGAGUCAUAAUUUUGUUAUAAAUUUGGUUUUAAAACAAAUAAACACAAAUGAGUGAUAAUUCAACGAAAUGAAUCAAUUACGAUAAGCACGAACUGAUCAACAAUACAUAUAGUCCAUAAAUCCAUAUAAGACAGAGACAGGAGAUUCCCGUUAAUUUUAUAACAUUGUUCUUGUAAAUGUCUUAUAGCUUUAUUUCAAGACCCACGACACCUGUAAUCUUAGCGAUAACACGGUCGUAAAAUCCUGUUGCUGUAAAUGUUCCAGUCCCACGGAACCCUCAGUGAGACAAAUGCACUGCAAAUGGAUUCUCUUUGCCUAAGUCAUGUUAUACGUACCAGCGCAUUCAAUAAGCGUCUGUGCGGAGAUACACAUUCAAAGUUUGCUUCUUUUGGGCCUAAACCACCUGUAAUUAUCGACACACGUAAUGAAUUCAUUAAUAAGGUAAUGUAGAUUUCCCUCGAAUUUAUUUCUUUUUGCACAAAGGCCUAUUUUCUCUCACCCCGAGACCCAGACCAGGACAAGCGGUUAGAUGAUUGACGGAUGGUUUGAUUAAUGGAUAUUUUCGCUUAGCUUUGGACUAAUGUUGGUUUUUUUAAGUUUAAGUUCUCAUUACGGUGUAAAUUUUAAUUGUACAAUGUGCUACUUUGUGUUUUAGGGAGGGUAAAAAAGUAGUUUUAAAUCUAUAGAUUUUUGUACUAGUCGUCGAUCACAAGAUGUUUAAUUUCUGAUAGAGAUUCCAUAAUAAUCAAUGUAUAUGCCAUCCAUUCACCGUAUUACCUUUCUCAAUGUCAAGUAACCUGCUGUUUUGUAAAGCGUAAAACCUUAUAAACCAGUUGGAGCGUCUGUCUCGUCAUUCCGCCGCUGUCUAGUUAUGCACUCUGUCUGCAAUGCAUUAAUAAUUGAUAGUCACUCAAAACAGCAGGUGCUAUCCUUCAUCUGUCUUCAAGCUAAGCUCUCGUUCAGUAUAAUGUCACUGAUAAAUCAUAAAUUAUAUAUACAAAAAGUGUGUCGGAAUUUAACUUCGGAGAAAUUGUUAUUAUAAUUGCUAAACAGGCUGCGAUGUUUUUUCCUGUAACAUAACGGAAAUGUAACAAUCAAUCCGUCUUAAGCGGCACUCCAUCGCAUUCGGUACAAUACUAAAUAACUUAAUUCUUGAAAUAUCUACCGCCAGUUGCAGGCUGCGAAUUUUCUGUUUUAUCUUAAGCACGAUUUUAUAGAGCGCAGUUACAGUUGAAAGUAGCGCUGAGAUCGAGGUAAAGUUAUCAAUAGUAACAUGCCGCAUGCAUAUCUAUACAUACAAGCACACACGCCUGCUGUUACUGUUGAAAACUUGCAUAUAUACUGCUCCUGUAUAUGUAGAAUGUAAAGGCGGAUAAAAGCACGAAAAAGGCAAAGAGAGACCUUUCUAUUGUCGCCCUGACUGCUGAUGCCCCGCCUUUGGUGGCUGUGUCAAACCUGGCGCCCAGCUAAAACUAACAAAAGCGAGUCCUAAGCUUCCACUCACUCCAAUUAAGGCGGACUUCAACUACUCUCUUACGUGUUCAUCCACUACCAUCGACGCUGAGACAGGAGGGACAGAGGGCAACAGGAAAAAAGAGGGGGAGAGAGAGAGGGAGAGAGAGAGAUUGCUGUUUAGUUUUCCUCUUUCCUGCUGCAGAACAAUGUCGAUGAGCCCAAAACAUACGACUCCUUUUUCUGUUUCCGAUAUCUUGAGUCCCCUUGAGGAGUGUUACAAGAAAGUAAGUAUGGAAGGUAACAGCUUGGGGGCUUCAAUCGCCGCUUACCGACAGCCACAGGUCUCACAGGCGGCAAUGCAACAACACUACAUGGGGCACAACGGGACAGUGUCCGCCACUUACCAUAUGACGGCUGCUGGGGUAUCUCAGCUGUCGCACACCGCAGUGGGGGGCUACUGUGGCAGCAAUUUGGGAAACAUGACCGAACUUCCGCCUUACCAAGACACCAUGAGAAACAGCACCACGGCCGCUGGCUGGUAUGGAGCCAGCCCAGAUCCGCGCUUUCCUUCAAUCUCUCGCUUUAUGGGUUCGUCGUCGGGCAUGAACAUGGGCAGUAUGGGCAGUCUUGGCUCCCUGGCGGAUGUAGGCAAAAGCAUAGGGCCCUUACCGAGCACCCCACGGAGGAAGCGCCGGGUGCUCUUUUCCCAGGCUCAGGUGUACGAACUGGAGCGGCGGUUCAAGCAACAGAAAUACCUGUCAGCGCCAGAGCGGGAACACUUGGCUACUAUGAUCCACCUCACUCCGACGCAGGUGAAAAUAUGGUUCCAAAACCACCGGUACAAGAUGAAGCGACAAGCUAAAGACAAAGCGUCCCAGCACCAAAUGCAGCAGGACUCGGGCUCCUGUCAGCAGCAGCAGUCGCCCCGCCGAGUGGCAGUGCCAGUGCUGGUGAAAGACGGAAAGCCGUGCCAGGCUGGUAACCAAACCUCAACAGCGGCCAUACAGAGCCACCAUCAGGAGGUCAAUAGCGUCAUGGCCAUAUCCAUGAACAGCUCGGCGAUGAGCCAACAUCACGACCAACAGGCUAGCAGCUCGGAACACUCUCCGGAACUGGCCCAUCACUCCAGCAGCCCGUCCUCCCUGCAGACCCAGGUGUCUGGUCUUUCUCACCUCAGCUCUGUGAGUUCUGAGUACGGCUCGGCUGUGCCUUGCUCGGCUCUACUGUACGGACGGACAUGGUGAAUAAUCAUGAUAAUCAAAAUAUAUACGAGACAGAUUGUUGCACAUUCGGGCACCAGAGACCACACAUUCCCACUCUGAAAAUCUGCAUUUUGUGAAGAAACAGAAGGAUUAAUCUUAAACUGGAUAUACGUAGAAACUGGUCGAAUCAAGACAUAGUGAAUAUGUAUUUAAUAUAAACGCACCUCGAAGUGAAAUGAAACCUAUUUAUAUAAAUGAGCUCGAGGACUGAAACCCCUUUUCGAAAAUAUUUUGUUUUAAAGGUUUCUGCACCUCGAAGCCUGAGUAUCUCAGUGGAAUACCAGUUGAAAUAUAUUUCUGAGGAUCUGGUGAGAUCCAAAAAGAAGAAAAAUUCGCGCCGAACCGGGGACUCGGUUGGGGAUUUUGCUUGUUGGGAAAUAAUAGUUCCAUUUUCGAAAGUUCAGUGUCAAGCGUAAUUUCUAUCAUUUCUGUCAAUGGUCUGAAUUAUUUGUUAGAAUCAUAAUGUAGAAAAGGUUUCAUCGAUAUUAUUAAGGGUUGGUUGUAUUUUAUUGUUAUUUGACCGCGUGUUUUGUUCUUAUGUAACUUAUAUAGCUAUUUGCCAUAAAACAGUAAUACAAUCCUAUUAAAUAUAUUAUUAAAAUAA